AAACAUGAACCCUCAAAAGGCGAAGGUGGUCCUGACAUUGGACUCUGAAGCAGUGGAUUCCCUCAAAGAUGGCAUCAACUUCAAGAAAAACCCACAAGACGCCAAAUGUUACAUCAUCUACAAGAGCGAGGAGGGCUAUCGGGCAUGCAAGAAUCAGUGCAAACACCAGGGAGGGCUGUUCAUCAAAGACAUAGAAGACCUGAGCGGAAGUACAGUGAAAUGCACCAAACACAACUGGAAACUCAAUGUGUCCACGAUGAAGUAUGUGAACCCACCAGACAGCUUCAUGCAGGACGAGCAGGAGGUGGAGGUCCUGGAGAAUGGGGAUCUGCAGUUGUUGGAGUUGAGCCCAAAGGAUCCCUGGUUACUAGACCCCCAGGACCCUGUGGAGCUGCAGCCUGGAGAGGUGGAGGUGACAUACCUGACCCACGCCUGUGUGGAGCUAAAACUAGGCUGCUGUAAAUUCCUGUUCGACCCAUGGUUAGAGGGACCUGCCUUCGCUCGGGGCUGGUGGCUCCUCCAUGAACCUCCUGCAGACUGGAGAGAGCGGCUGUGUGGAGCCGACCUCAUCUACAUUAGCCACAUGCACUCAGACCACCUCAGUUAUCACACACUUAAAGUCCUAUCAGAGAGAAGACCGGACAUGCCCAUAUAUGUCGGCGACACUUCCAGGCCUGUUUUCUGGUAUUUGAAGCAAAGUCAAGUGAAACUGACCAACAUCAACGUGGUUCCUUUCGGUAUCUGGCAAAAUGUAAACGAACAUUUGCGUUUCAUGAUUUUGAUGGAUGGAGUUCACCCUGAGAUGGACACGUGCAUCAUUGUCCAGUACAAAGGUCAUAUGAUCUUGAAUACAGUGGACUGCACUAGGCCAAAUGGAGGCAGGCUUCCUCAGAAUGUGGCCUUAAUGAUGAGUGACUUUGCUGGGGGAGCGUCGGGGUUCCCCAUGACUUUCUAUGGAGGAAAAUACACAGACUCGUGGAAGGGUGAGUUUGUGAAGAAAGAACGAAAGAAGCUGUUGAACUACAAGGCGUCCCUGGUGAAAGCUCUGCAGCCCAGAGUCUACUGCCCCUUUGCUGGAUACUUUGUGGAGGCCCAUCCCUCUGAUAGAUACAUAAAGGAGACCAACACGAAGAACACAGCGGCUGACCUGAAGGCACUCAUCAAUAAACAAGCUCCAGAAGUCCGGGUGUGGACCCCAGAACCCGGAGUGAUACUAGACCUGGGACUAGCCUUGAGAGACCCCACAGACAGCCGAGCAGUGAGAGUCCCUCCGGCUGAUACCAAAGUGUACAAGGACAGCUGGGACUUCGAGCUGUACGUGCAUGAGCAGAACAGUGCCAUCAGUGCGGACAUUUUUGCAUACCCUGAGUGGAUACAGUUCUACUAUACAUGGGCUGGGUUCACUGACUACAACCUCGUCGUCAGGGUGACAGAGACAGAUGAGGACUUUGAACCAUUUCCAAAUGGUUACGAUUACCUGGUGGACUUCAGCGAUCUCACUUUUCCAGCCCAAAGACCCACCCGAGAACACUGCUACUUAGAGCUGAAAAACCGUGUUGGUGUGAUGCGCUGGGUGGUUUUAAAUGGACGCCUGUGGGACGACCUGUACAUUGGAUUUCAAAACCGGAUCAGCCGAGACCCCGACAUCUACCACCACAAGUUUUGGAACCACUUCCAGAUCAAGCUCCCGUUGCAGAGACCAGACUGGGACAAGUUUUUGAAGGAAGUCCGGUCCAAAGAGUCCAAGGAUCCAACCUUAAAGCAGACCUCAAACUCCAGUGGAUACUGCUCGCUGCAAUAA